AAAAAACAGGCGCCGGGUUGGACGAUCCAAACGACAGUUGAAGGCCCUGCGUGAAGCGAGAGACCUGCGAGCGAAUUAGCGUGGCGAGGGGCGACGACGGGGCGCUAUGGCGUGGAGGGAAGGGAAGAAAGACUAUCUAGCUACACUGAACACCAAAGCUACAAAAAAAGGAAAAGAUUUCUCUCAAUGAAAGUGCAUGCACUAGGAUUUACUUGCACAUUAUUCCCAAGUUUUAUGAAGACUAAGUACCUGGUUGGUGAAGAGCUGAAUGUGCAAAGGAGAAAUUUCAUACUACGACUUGGAUUGCUGCCAUCACUGUGACAUCCUGAUCCCCAGGCAUCAUGUACUGUCUCCAGUGGUUACUGCCCGUUCUCCUCAUUCCCAAGCCCCUCAACCCAGCCUUGUGGUUCAGUCACUCAAUGUUCAUGGGCUUCUACCUUCUGAGUUUCUUGUUGGAGCGGAAACCUUGCACAAUCUGUGCCUUGGUCUUCUUGGCUGCUCUGUUUCUCAUCUGCUACAGCUGCUGGGGGAAUUGUUUCUUAUACCACUGCUCUGGUUCCCAACUGCCGGACUCUGCUCAUGAUCCCAAUGUAGUUGGCACCUAAAAUCUUCUACUUGGUUGCACUUUUUUUUUUCCUUUUAAAAGGGCGGUGUCAUGGGAAGGAGGGAAUAUAAGGCAUGUGAUUGGAGUACAUGUUUCGGUUAAAAUGUUUCAUUCAUGAUUAUCCCCACUUCCACAAUCUUCCUGUACAAUUUGACAAAAGUUGUUAAUUAGUAAUAGCUGGCAAUGCUGUCUGUUCGAGGGUUUGAAGCAGAGCUGCUAAUGGGUGCCAUCCCUUCCUUCGGUAUUAUCGUUUGAGUUUGGUCCUUCCAUUUCCAAUUUGGUGGUGAAGAGACCUGUUGAGUGUUGUCUAACGUCAAAUGAGAAGGUAGCCAUCCAUCCUUUGGAACAUGAAUGUCAGAUCUUUGUUGAAACAGUUGCAACGCUGUUUUUCCAUCUUGAGUUCGGGAGAAAGCUAGUCCUUCUCACGGUAUUCAUCUGAAGGGGAACUAUCAAGUGGUUGAUAAGGCUGACAGCACCUGGAGCCAGAAGCAGCUGCUUAUUAUCUCAGCAGGCCAUCCUGGAACAUGUAUACUGCCCGUUUCCCAAACUACUUCAUCUAUGUCACAGCUCAAAAAUUCCAAAAUCAUCACGAUGCCAUUUUUAAUGCACAAAUGCCGAAGCUUGUCUUUCUUUCUUUCUCUCUUUCUCUCUCUCUCUCCCCCUCUCCCCCUCCCCCUGUGUCUCUCUUUAUCCCAAACAUCUCUACCAAACAUCUACUUUUUAUGGAGGACCCUGAAUUGGAAAGAAAGCAUGCACUGCUGUAAAGCUUGGGGAAUUUUGUUUUUUAUUGUAUUGCUUUUGAAUUUUAAGCUGCCAGUGUUUCUAGCUUGAAAAAGCAAUCGGAGUGCGGGGAUGGAUCAGUAUAUCAGGUCUGGUUUCUCCAUACCAAGGUGGGGCUGUCAGUGGAGUAUAAUGUGCUGCUUUUUUCUUUUAGGCCAAAAGUAUUAUGUUAUCACAAGCAAAUGAGCCUGUGUUCACAUAUAGAGGUGAAAGAAAGUGACAUCUGUUUAAGCUACAUAUCUUCAUAGGAUUCUGUGAAGCCGUUUUUCUAGUGGUACCUGGCUCGUGGUUUUAUUCUUCUCUCCUUUUCUCCACUGAGAUUUGGCUUUCUUUCCUCCUCAAGAGCUAAUUGCUGGUGUGAAAUUCUAAGGUAGCCUGAGGAAAAGACAAACAGAUACCUGUUCUGUUACUUUCCAAAGUUAUUUUCUCAUUUGUCUCUACACAAUCUUCCUUGGAAGAAUGUUGCUGAAAAGGCAUUUUUGUCUCUCUCAAAGGACAUGGAACUGAAAAUCCAGUCGUGGAAACCUCAGUAGCUUUUUUAAAUUAUUUUUGUUGGUUAUUCAUUGCACAGCUGUUCAACAGAUUUAAUAAAGCUUUAUAAACUUUG